UUAGGGAUGAAGUGAAAGAGCAGAGUGAGGGGAGGGGAUGAGGAAAAGGUGAGAGAGAGAGAGGCAGUGAGAGAAUGGGAGAGAGAAAUGGAGAGAGAGAGUGUGAGAGGGAGAGAUGGAGAACAUAAGAUAUAGGAGCAGGAGUAGGCCAUCUGCCCAUCAAGCCUGCUCUUCUGUUCAAUGGGAUCAUGGCUGAUGAAAGAGCGGGACAGCGUGAGAGAGAGAGGGGCAGGAGAGAGAGAGUGCGAUUGGAUAAGGGAUGAUAAAUGACUACAUACAGUAGGGAAGUGAGUAUGAUUGUGAAGUGUGAAGGAAGAGAGUUGGAGAGAGAGGAAGGGAAGAAGAGGUAUGGGAAAUACUAUCAACAGAGUAAGAAAGAGGCAGGAAGAAAGGGAGGACAAUUGCUAUGGGUCCCGGACAGAACAUACUUUGAGCUUGUCCACGCCCUGUAGUGAAGUGACAGCAACAGUCUCGCACACUGCCCACAGCUGUGGAUUUCCUCAGAGCAACCCAGGUCUGCCUGAUAACGUUCACCCACUGCUAUUUCACAUUGAGAUUGUUGGAAGCUACAGCAUGAGGCUGCUGCUAAUCACAGCAGUGUUGCUCAUUUUUCUAACAGGUUGGAACACAGCCUUAGCAAAUCCACAGAAGUUCAUGGAUGGAAGAAUUAAUCAGACUGUGCAGUUUCCUCUGUGCCACAACAUCAGUGAGCCAGAGCACCUCUUUAAUUUGGAGUGGCGAUUCAUUCAGGAAGGGAUACGAAGUUCAAUCCUCACAUUUUCACCCAACUUCCUACACCCAUUCAUCUCAGAGACUUUCAAAACCCGUGUGAAUUUCAACAGGACCAAUGCAGUGUUACUCCUUAAAGACAUACAAACUACAGACGAAGGAACUUAUGAACUGGAAGUUACAAAUGCAGCCGGGAAAUCGUCUAAACGCUCAGUUUUUCUAACUGUAAAUGUUGCUGUAUCCACUCUGGAAGUUGAAAUGAUCCCUGAGGCUCCACAGAUUGGCGAUAAUGUGACUUUACAAUGCUCUGCUCAAAAGGGAAAUCGCAUCCAGUACAGUUGGUUCCGAUGUGAUCUGCCUCUGUCAAGUGAAGUGAACUAUCAUCUGUCAAAGGACAACAGGUCCUUGACAAUCCAGAAUGUGCAGAAAUUCGACGUUGGUAUCUACAAGUGCAAGGUGGAAAACCGUAUCAGCUCUAAUCAUGUAGAUUUUGUGAUGCAGCUCUGUUUACCAUUGCGUGAAAACCCAGACAUCUAUGGGCGCCUUGGAUAUGGUGGUUAUCUGGGAUAUAUUGGGUACAUAAUCCUCAUUAUGUUGUGCUGCCAGAGGAAGAAACAAGCAAAGAAGUUGUCAACAGAGAGUGAAACAAUUUAUGAAAACAGCUAUUUCAGCAAACAGAUGGCUCUCUCCAGCAUGCACGACACCAAGAUUUUGAGCAACAAACCAAAGAGCAAGCAAAGCAUACUAUAAAGCAACCACGUUUUCUCAGAUCAUGCUAUUAAGGGUUAGGGGGGUUCUUCUGAAGACCUUGACCUGGAGUUACAAUCUGACUUUGGAUAUUUGCGGGAGUGGGACCCACUCUCAGGGCCUCUCGACCGACCACUUUUUGAUAUCCCAAGGACGUGGCCUGGAAGACGAACACACCUUCAGAGUUCCAGGAUUUUGUGGCUCUGGGGACAUGCUGAUUCGAGGCUGGUGCCCCUGACUGAAGCGUCGCGGAACAUUAGGAGCAGUGUGUUAGCUAUCGGGCGUUGUGUGCCCGGAGAGCUGCGCCUUUUUGCUGCCGACUCUCUGGGCACAGAGCUUGGAAAAAGCGACGCAACAGACUUUUAAUAUCGUAAAUCAGCGAGUUGUUUGUUAUGUCUCCCCUCUCGCUGUGAAACGGGGACGCCUCUUUCUCCCUUAUUAGGGAGAGAGAGAGCCUGUGGUAUGUCGAACGAGUAGUCUUUGGGGUACUGCAAGUCUGUGUCUUUACUGAUGCCUCAUUGCACGCUUGAGUGCUCGGUGAAGGAUGCAGAUGCUUUUUAACUGCUGGGGGUUAGGGA